GCCCAGCGAAUCAAUGCAGAUAUGCACAGGGCUCUAGACGCGGCCGUCGCUAAGUUCGAAGCCGGAGAUAUUACCGGCGUUGUGGAGCUCGAAGGCCUGAUCUCCGUGAACCGCCUCUGUCACAAACUCCUCAGCCGGUAUCUAACCCUGGACGAUUUCGACGCGAUCCUCCGAGAGUCCGACCACGGAGUCCUAGCUCCGUACGGCAGAAUCACCCUGCAUGUCUUCUGGGAACUCAACUUUGACUUCUUACCCAACUACUGUUAUAACGCCGCUACUGAUCGUUUCGUAAAAUGUCGCGGCAUUCAAUUCGCGGCGGGCGUAUCUCGUGAGAAGCCUCAGCAGUACGGACAUGCGCUGUUGUGGGGCUCCAAGCAGCUCAGCCUCGCCUACUCAGCUCAGUACGCUCAGUACGUUGGCUUCGUCGGCGCCCAACACCUGCACGCCCUAGUCCGCCUCCUCGGCUACCAAGGCGUAGCAGUCGUGGUCUCCGAACUCCUGGACGUAGCCCGAGGCCUAGUCCACGGCUGCAUCGCGCAGUUCACUCGAGCACUACAGGCUGCCAUGCCUCGACACUGCAAGCUGCCGAGAUAUGACUACGGCUCCAACGGUGUCCUAGGCUACUACCACGCUCAAUUGACGGAUAUAGUACAAUACCCGGAUGCCAGGACCGAGCUGUUCCACGCGUUCCGAGAGCUAGGGAAUAUCAUACUUUUCUGUAUGCUUAUUGAGCAGGCGCUGAGUCAAGAAGAAGUGACAGAUUUGCUUCACGCGGCGCCUUUCCAAAAUAUUCUGCCGAGGCCGUUCGUUGCAGAGGGAGAGAAACCAGAGACAAAACAGAAGCGUCUAGAAGCCAAGUACGCCGCCCUGCAAAUUGUGCAGAACGUCGACAAAUAUGGUACUGCUAAGCAAGGCCAACUCUCCCGCGAAGGCGACCUCCUAACCCGCGAACGUCUCUGCUGCGGACUCUCACUAUUCUCCGUAGUACUGCGCCGUCUGCGCUCGUGCCUCACCGCGCCCCAGUGGCCCGCCCCACCCGCGCCCCACCACCACGCGCCCCACCACACUGACACCACCACCGAGUUCCACAGAUUGUGGUCUGCUCUACAAUUCCUGUAUUGUAUCCCCGUUGGAGACACACAGUUUACUGUUGAGGAACUAUUCGGAGAAGGUCUGCACUGGGCCGGUUGCACUAUCAUAGCGCUACUAGGACAACAGCGGCGCUUCGAAGCUUUAGACUUCUGCUAUCAUAUACUCAAGGUGCAGCGUGUUGAUGGCAAAGAUGAACUCGUUAAGGGGAUUCCUCUGAAACGCAUGGUAGACCGUAUCCGUCGCUUCCAAGUGCUCAACUCUCAGAUAUUCGGCGUGUUAGCGCGACACCUCGCGGCGGACGACGAGAGGGCUGGAGUAGAGCAUGUUCGCUGCUUCCCACCGCCCGCUGCACCGCACACUGCUUAAGAUAUGGAGCCCUGAAUCAUGAAAGGGAAGAUAAACGUUUAGAUAAUAGUUUAAAAUAGAAUUUAGUUUAAGAAAAGAUAAAAUUAUUAUUCCAUUUCCAAUAAGUAUAAGCACAAUAAUUAAAUAUACUAGCCGAAAUACGUAUAUGAAAUACGACAAAAGCAUUUGUCUAAACUCUCCCUUCUGUUUUUAACCGACUUUUGAAAAAGAGGCUCUGUAUUUGACUUAAAAAAAAAACUGUGUCUUUUUCAAUGUGCUUUUUAGUAUUUUUUUGAAGUAAAAAUGAAUUUUAAUCAUGAUUAGAUACAAAAAUGCUUAUAAAUAGGUUUAUUUCUAAGUAAUAAAAUACAUAUUGUAAGGAUAAUUAUUUCUAGCGUAUCUUAGGUAUAAUAACCAAUGCUAGCUAUUCACCGCGGUUUCACCCGCGUCCCGAGGGAACAACUUCCCGCACCUGGAUAAACUAUUUAAUAUAUCCUUUCUCAAAUUCUAGAUUAUGUAUCUGUGUACCAAAUAUUAUAAUCGGUUCUAUAGUUUUGGCGUGAAAGCGUAAUAGACAGAUAGAGUUACUUUCGCAUUUUGUAAUAAUGAUUGAUAUUAAGAAAAAAAAAUAAAGUUGGGUAUUCUUCUAAAUUCAUUCAAAAGACGAUUUUUCAAUCAUUAUUUAACUUCUAUCUGAGGAAUAAAUAUAGCGUAUUGACUUAUUCUAUAUACAAAAUGUAAUAGUAAAAAAAAAAACUAAAAACACGCUAGUCAUGUAUUGUCAUCAGAACUCAGAGCGUGUGCAAAAUUUCAUCCUGAUCGAAGACCGGGAAGUGGGUCAAAUUGAGAUUCCAAGAUUUUCUUACAUACAUAGUUACAAGUGAAGCUAAUAUAAGCGUGUUAAAAAU